AUCGUAGUUGGAUGUAUAAUAUGACUAAUUUUGGUCGAAUGGGGCUAAGACCUGAAUUUGUAGAAGGUGUCACUGGUUUUGUGGAGUAUGCAAAGACACUAGAACUUUUUCAACGUAAUGGUGUGCUUAAGUGUCCUUGUAAUAAAUGUCAAUGUUUUAAUUAUGAAAAACAAGAUAUUGUUAAGGGCAAAGGAUCCAAGAUUUAAGCAAAUGAGUGAGAUCGGUAAGAAGGCUAGACCGUCUACUAAGGGUGGUUCUCUACACACAAAUGGGGCUCAAAGUCAAGAAAGUAUGAGGAGGAAAUUGGAAAAGGAACUAGGAAGAUUGGUAACUCAGGCUGAGGCAUUCAAGGCAACACACAUAAGAAAGAAGAAAAAUCUCGAAGAUCCAAACGUGUGGGUUGAGCCGCGAGCUGAAUUGACCUAUUUUUGGAGGAUUUACGACAAACUUAACCAGAAGAAAUCGAGGUAUGCCACUUACCCAAGAACAGGUUGAGAGAGUUUGGCUAGACUUGAUUGGUGGGCCGAGUAGAUAUGGGUAUGCCUAUGGCAUGCCACAACAGACCUUUCGUGAAUAUCAUUCUGAGUUUGAAGGCCUAAGUAGUUCCUAUGAUGAUGAAUCGAUGAAGAAAAAUUUGGCUAUGGAGCAAAAGAUAGCUGAGCUAUCUAGCCAAGUCAAAGACUCGUGGGCUAGGGAAAGGCGCAGGGACAUAGAGUAUGAGGGUCUUAAGGCUCAAUUAGAUGCAUUAAUUGCUUCAGGAGGGAUUCCCCCUUGUUCCAAUGACGUCACUUUCCCUCCUCGACCCUCUCAGUCUCAACCUACUCGAUAUCCAGUGUAUGGUCAACAAAGAA